AUGUUUUCACAAACGCGCUGUUCCGCAUGCAUCGGGAAAGAGCUGUACAGCAGGGCGUCGACACUUCCACGCGACUUUUACGAAGCGUGCGCGAAGCACUUCGGCAUUAAGAUGCAUCAAGAGACAUUUAUUGGUGUGCGGUCCUCACAGAUCCGAGGGUUGUUUCUAAGCCCCAGCAUUAAUAAACCGCUAGAGGCAAACAAACCCAUUGCAACCAUUCCUCUUAGUAGUCUAUACACAGUGACGAAUAUCCACACUAAACCAGACACACUGCACCAUGUGACACUAAGCAAUGUUCGUGACGCAAUACGUGAUGUUGAAUUCAAAGCGAUGACGUCACAGUUCUACCUUGGUCUGCAAAUGAGUGCAAUUAUAAGCUCACUUCCAGACAUAACACGAGCUCAGAAUGCGGAAGAGAUGGAGCGCAUCACGCAGAUUCUUCGCGGGGGUGCCAUGCCUUGGGUGCGAUUAAUUGAUGAUGAAGAUUUCAAUGAGCAGUUCGUCUUCGGCAUGUACGGUAUGGCGCUAGACAGCUGGCAGCGGCAGAGCUACGAGGAAAUGACUAAAGUGUUCCAUCGCAACAUUACCUCCAUCCACGAAAAGACAAACCCACCCUUCUCCGUUGAUACAUUUAGGCGCAUCACCCGACUGAUACUUGCGCGGGCAGAACACUUUCCACCACUGGAAUAUUACAACGGUUCCGUGUUGUGGCGUCGUGUCCUCCGUUUCGUGCGGCGCUGGUCCAAAAUUCCAGAACCUUCAGAACUGUGCCUCGUGCCACUAUUGGAUCUGGUAAAUCAUUCCAAUCGGCCAAAUUGUGCCAUCCGUAUUGGGCCCAGUGCUGCCAUGGAUGGCCGUCCCGCCAUCACGAUUUACUCCAUUGCACGCAUUAACCCCGGACAGGAGAUUUGCAGACACUACAACUUCGCUAUCAACAGGCCUAACGCACUUUUUCGUUAUGGGUUCCUUCCUUUUGAUCUUAUUUCUAUUGUGGAACAUGACGCCAUUGAUGAGUAUUUGGUGAAGAAUCAGCAUAUGUUACGCGAAGAAACUGAGGAGGCCCAAAUCAAACGUGCGAAGGAACGGGCGGAGCUCCAGCGGCUCGAGCAAAUCUUUCAAAAAGCCCGCUCAGGGAGUGUGCCAGCGGAUUCGUAA